AUGCAAAAUCAACACGUACUUAUAUUAUUGGAAAUUGUAUACUAUUUAAGUCGCUUGGAAAAAAGACAUAAUGAGGAAGGAAUAAGUAUCAACAUCAUCAUUAUCCUCCUGGAAGGAGAGGGUAAAGUCAUAGCCCGCGACGUGGGUCCAUUUGUCCCGGGCUGGGGACUUCACACGCUGUCCAAGAGAUGUGAAUCUUCUUCAUGUCAUAAGGAGCGCAAUAAAAAGGGUUGGAACACAGUAGUGACCAUAGUCCUCGUGGAAGCCAAAGACCUACCGGAUCCAAUGGCUGACAACUCUCAACACACUCUGUAUUGUAAGAUAAGGUUAGGUGCAGAAACGCAUGGAUCGAAAUCGGUUAAAAAUUCAAAAAGCCCGCAAUGGCGAGAGAGAUUCGAGCUACAUUUGCACACAGACCAUUUGCUACGGAUUUCUCUUUGGGACAAGGGGAAACAUAAAAAUUUCAUGGGCAGUUGUGUAAUAAACCUAAUGAACUUGGAAAAAGAACGAUCACACGAAAUUUGGAAAGAACUGGACGAUGGUUUUGGUUCCAUACACUUGAAUGUGACUAUGUGUACUAUCAAACAAAAUAUGGCGAUUUCCACCCAUACACCUAACUUUGAGACCAACUUCGAAGUCAUGAAAGAGAGAUUCAAACUUUUAAACUUACGCUCAGAUUGGAACAUAGUAGGGCAGCUACACGUAAAGGUAAUAGGUGCAAAAGGGUUUUCUGGAAACCCCAAGGCCUACUGUAUACUGGAACUAGACAAUGAAAGAGUAAAGACGCCCAGUGUUAAAGCAACUGCAAAUGCUGUUUGGAAUAAGGACUACGUUUUCAAUGUAUAUGACGUCACGGGCACACUAGAUAUAAUAGUAGGCGACAAUUCAACGCCAAAAUACCUGGGAAAGGUGUUAAUACCCUUACUACGAAUUGUUAAUGGACAACCUCGAUGGUACGCGUUGAAGAACAAGAGUUGCCGAGAGAACGCUAAAGGAAAUUGCCCUAGAAUCUUAAUAGAAAUGUCUUUGUUUUAUAACCCGGUAAAAGCAUCAUUAAAAGUGUUUGAGCCGAAACAGACGAGGUACAUAAAGCCUCAACCAAAGUUCGAUUUGACUCUACUUUACAAUAAUAUAGUUCAUGUAAAGGACACCAUGCUCUUGCUCGUGGAAAUUAAUGAAGGUAUCAAACAAUUUCUAGAAUGGGAAAACAAAGAGCUAUCGACCCUGGUACUUAUUGGUUGGCUAUUAUUUUGGUACAAUUUUAAGGCAUGGCUAGCUCCACUUCUUUUAUUAGCGCCUUUCCUCUACUUUUGGGCAAAUAAAGAAAAACAACAGGUACGAACAUUUAGGCGAGGAUACGAUCACAUCAUAGAUGAAUCUGACCCUAAUGCAAAGGUUAAGCAAACUAUCACAAAUAAAAUAAGCAAUCUUCCGGAAACGACCCUCAUUGUCACAGAUGGUGUCGAUUAUAUAUGUUCCAUGGUAGAAAGAAUUUACAACCUCAUGACAUUCAAAGUGCCGUUUAUGAGCUACUUGAUGAUGACCCUUUUGUUAUUGUGUUCAAUGCUUCUGUAUUUCGUACCUGUUAAUUAUCUUAUGAUGGUUCUAGGUACUUAUAAGUAUUCUCGGAAAUAUUUGAAUCCCGAGAGGCAGUUAAACAACGCCUUAUUGGAUUUCAUGUCGCGCGUGCCCGACAGUGAAAUAUGGAUCGACUGGAAAGAACUGAAUGUACCAGAACCUCAAAGUAACAAUUUGAGAACUUCACUGCAUAGAAGUGUAAGCUACGAGCAUUUAUAGAUCAAUUAUGUUAUGGAAAUACAUGUAAAUAAAUUAAAUAAAUAUGAACUCGUUUAUAAAAAAUAUAAAUAAACGCUUUUCUUGCAAACGGUGCAGCUGUUAUAUGCGAA